AUGGCUCAGACUUACUUGACCGGUGCUUGCCUAUGCAAGAAUAUUGCCUAUCGCAUCACUCUACCCACGCCCGGGACCCUGCCCAAGGUAAUCCUCUGCCACUGCACAAAUUGCAAACGUUACACAGGCUCAGGCUUCUCCGCCAACAUCGUCGUGCCGCAAUCUAGUUUCGAGUACACCAAGGGCUCACCGAAGUUGUAUUCUGAUCGCGGUGACAGGGGCGGGGUGGUGGUAGUACGUGAAUUCUGUCCUGAUUGCGGGACACCGUUCACGUCUCGAUCUGGCGAUGAUGGGGAGGAGGUUGCGGUGAAGUCGGGAACACUUGAUGACGAGCACCGGGUCAAGUGUGCUGAAUUGGGGAUGGAGAUUUAUUAUCAUCGGAAGGAUGGAUGGGUUGAUGGAAUGGGGGAUGAGAGUGUGAAGAGGGUUAAUGGUAGUAUGGAUGGCUAG